UGAUUAAUUGAUUAGACUCGAGUCAACUUAAGAUUGACCAAUGAUUGCAUUGAAGCCAUUCAAUUAAUAUCUCCAUCAAUGAGUUUACUUUUGGUUAACAGGAACGUUUAAAGCGCCAUCCAAACCUGAUAGUGAACCUGUUUUUUGGGUUCGACGUUAGAAUAGUGUUGAAGCACACUUUGAACUUUUUCUUGAUUCACAUUUCAGUAUAAAGAAGGUAAAGCAAAGUGAAAACGUCGUUAGUCUGUUGAGUUGCUCAUUGGAUCAACAUAACGUUAAAAGUUGUAAUUUUGUUUCAAUUUUAAACCAAUUUCAGUUUUGGGUUCGUCUUGAGAUACUCGAUGUUUACCGAUUGACUUUCCGUUGAUCUUUUUUUUCAUUUAGGUGAUCUCAAUCACCAAAGUUGGACAAUGUGUUGAUGUCGUGAUUAAAGACCAACAAAUAAAUCUUCAAAUUACAAGUUAACUUAAAUUGGAUUCAUCUAAUUCCAACAAAUUAACCAACAACCAUUCUUUCAAUUUGUGUCAUAAUCUGUGAUAAUCAAAAAGCGAAUUGGAAAUUUCUCAAAGUGUUUUACCCAUUUUAUCAUCAUAUGUUUAAACAACGUCCAGAUCAUUGAAGUUCAACAAUUAACAUCGAGACAAUUUAACAUAAAUUAAAAAUGAAAGUCCAUAAGGAUACAAAAGGUUUAUUAACUGUAACAGUGAUUACAAUUUUAACCAUCGCAAUCCAUUGCAAUGCUCAACACAAUAUUGAAAAACGUGGUGCCGAUGACCUGAAAAUAGUUUGCUAUUAUUCAAAUUGGGCUGUUUACCGACCAGGAUUGGCCAAAUUUACUCCUCAAAACAUUAAUCCCUACCUGUGUACCCACUUGAUCUACGCAUUUGGUGGUUUAAGCUCCAAAUUUGAGCUCAAAGCGUUUGAUCCUUACAAUGAUAUCAAUCAAGGAAACUACAAAAAAUUUACUGGACUCAAGAGUUACAAUAAAAAUUUGAAAACAAUGAUUGCCAUUGGAGGUUGGAAUGAAGGAUCUCAAAGGUUUUCCAAACUGGUUGCCGAUCCGGAAUUGAGACAAACCUUUAUCAAAAGUGUCCUCCGUUUCUUACGUGAACACAAUUUCGAUGGACUUGACCUGGACUGGGAAUAUCCUGGCUUCAGAGAUGGAAGCUCAUCCGAAGACAAGGAAGGAUAUUCAAUACUAAUUAAGGAACUACGACACGCCUUUGAUAAUGAAUACAAGGAAAAGAAUCGGGAAAGAUUAUUGUUAUCAAUUGCUGUUCCUGCAGGACAAGAUUACAUUGAUCGUGGCUUUGAUGUUCCUAAAAUUGCCAAGCAUGUUGAUUUCAUGAAUGUUUUAACAUACGAUUAUCACACUGCUUAUGAUCCGGAAACUGAUCAUCAUUCACCUUUAACAAGUCGACCAGGAACCAGUAAAUUUGAUGACGCAGCUAAGUUGAAUGUUGAUUGGACCGUCAAAUAUUAUAUUGAACAAGGUGCCCCAGCAAACAAAAUAAUUGUCGGUGUUCCUACGUAUGGAAGAUCAUUUACAUUACUCGAUGGAGGUAGAACUGGCAUCAGCGCUCCAGCUGACGGUCCUGGCGAUGCUGGACCUGGAACACGGGAAAAGGGUUACCUGGCUUACUAUGAAAUAUGCCAAAAGAUUGAAGAAGAAAAAUGGGUUGUUAAAAAUGAACAUCCCGAAUCUCACGGUCCUUAUGCUUACCAUGAUAAACAAUGGGUUGCAUAUGACGAUGCUGAAAUAAUCAAAGAAAAGGCCAAGUUUAUUUUAUCAAACAAUCUUGGUGGUGCUAUGGUAUGGACAUUGGAUAAUGAUGAUUUCCGUGGCCUUUGCCAUGGACAACAAAGUCCAUUGAUAACAGCUCUGAAAACAGCUUUACUGACUACCCAAGUCGAAACUGAAGCUCCUCCAACAUUCAAUGCAAUUGCAUCACGUCCAGUCUCAAACAGUCGUCGCCCAACUGAUUUAAUUAACUUGUCAAAUCAACCAAGAAAUAGAUUGGUUGCUGCUACUGAACCCCCAGCACCAUUGUUAUCUGGAAUCCGUCGAUACAAUACAGCCCGACGUACAACAAGUACCACAACAACUACAACUACCACUCAAGCUCCAACAACUCAACCACCUACAACUACAACAUUGAAAGAUUUUGUGACCCCAGAGCCGCCCACUACCCCUGAUCCUGGAGUUCCAUUUGAAUGUCAAGACGAAGGUUUCUUCAAGAAUCCAAAAGAUUGUAAAAAAUACUUUUGGUGUCUUGAUUCGGGUCCAGCCAAUUUAGGAAUUGUAGCCCAUGCUUUCACUUGUCCAUCAGGAUUAUACUUUAACACUAAAACAGAGGCUUGUGACUAUCCCGAGAAUGUUAGCUGUAAAGUUAAAUCAUCAAAAGAGUCAUCAUCAAACCCUAAAAGGAAUCGACCUACAACAACAUCAACCACAACCACAACUACGACAACAACAACUACAACUACUCCAGCACCGGAAACUACGAGCUUGCCAAAUAUUCCAGCGAGUUUAUCUGAUCAACUGACCCCAGAGUUGUUGGCAGCAGCAUUAAAACUGGCCCAAGCUCAAAACCAAGGAACGCUUAGAGCUCAGCCAAAUAACGAUAACCUUUACCAGCUUCUUCAACUCGUCCAAAGUUUAGGAGGUGUUGAUAAAGUUCAAGCCCUUCUCUCAUCUAGAAAUGGAGGUACCACUGAUUCAGGGGACAGAAUCAGAGAUAACAGCGGUGUUUCCUCAAAUUAUAACGCAUUAAUUGACACUGACUCUUCAAUCAGUCUAGCUCGUGAUGAUGCAGCAAUAUCUACAUCAUCAUUUUUCGCUCCUUCAUAUGUCACACCUAACCGUAAUCGACCUGAUGAUUCUAGACGUGUCCGUAGUGAAAUUGAUUCCACUGAUCUACCAUCAAAUCAAGUUCGCCCUCGUCGACCACAAUAUGAUCAAGGCUUGAUAACAACAUCAGCACCUGAACUAGCUAGAGAUGAUAUUAGACGACAAAAUGUUGAUCCUUCUGGACGAACCAAUUCACCAUUCAGUUUUGUUUACAAUGAUCCAGAUGGUCGAUCAGGUUCAUCUCCCUCAGCACCCCGAAGCUCAGUAGUUCACCAACCUGGGUUGGCAUCAAUUCCAAGCGAAAAUAAACCAGAUAACCGAUCAGUUGACGGAUUCUUUGUUUACAAUACUCCUGGUCGAUUUGGUGGACAAUCAUCAACUCGGUCCGUUCUUUUUGCUACUGAAGCCCCGAUAACAAGAAUUGAGGCCAAUCGUGAGACUUCUGGAGACGAUGUUCGUGUCCCUAUCAGAGUUUCAGCAGGAAAUGUUUUCAGGUUCCCUGGUGAAGCAGGAGGUGAUGCUAAUCCAACACCAGUAGGAGAGUCAGGAGCUGCUCUCGUCGGUCCAGGAGGUGGAGAAGGAAGACCAAGACGUCGACCAACCCGAGUCCGAGUUCAAUCAGCUUUCUCAGUUGCAGGUGACAGACGAAAACCUGGUAAUUUUGAAAUUGAUUCCAAUCCUAAUCAACCAUCUCGACGUGUACCACCAAGUGUUGAUUUAGUCGCAGUAGCUCAACCAGUAUCUCCACCAUCAGACCAAUUAUCAGCCCGUCCACCACCACCAAUAUUUGUGUCCCAUGAUCCAUUAACAACUCGACGACCUUUAAGAAAACGUCCACCCCAAAGAGCUCACCUUAUAAACAAGGAAGAAGUUAGUAGUGAAAACUCUGGUAAUCCAAAUGACGCUUUAGUUGCAGUUUUACCACCUAAUAUACCAGAAGUAAGACACCAAUUGCCAGGUCGACCUCGAGAAUCUGAUUUACCAUUGCGACCAGUCAUAACUACUCCAACACCAAAUCUCCGUGCAACUUCACCACUUAGAUCAAGUUAUGAAGAUAUUUACACUGAUAUCCAUUCAUUGAUUAUCCUCGUGAUACCAACCCAGGCUCAGGUCCAGUUGAUGUUAUACCAGUGACAACAACCACCACCUCAACUACCCCUCGACCUGUCCCUGUCCAAACCCGUCGUAGUCGACCUCGAAACCCACCUCAAACCUCUUCACCGACUGUAACAACACCUAAGCCACGAAGAGUUGUUACUGAAUCAUUGCCAUCAUCAUCACCCUCUUCUGAAGCUGAUAGUUCUGGACCAGCAGUUGUCAUUGAUUCCGCUGGUAAAGUUACAUGCAGUCGUCGUGGUGUUCAUGGUCAUCCAGAUAGUUGCGGCCAGUUCGUUGUUUGUGCUCCAGCCUCAAGAGCAAAUAAAGAUUUACAAGCAUUUGUUCAUCAUUGUCCAGCCGAUCAAGUAUUUGUUAAAGAUGUUGGUCGCUGUCGACCUGGAAAUAAGGAGCGAUGUGAAAUCUUUUCAAAAUAAAUUCAUUCAUUCACUCAUCAUAAUGAUCACCAUCAUCAUCAACAUCAUUACCAUCAUCACCAUCACCACCAUCAUCAUCAUUUUCAUCGUCAUCCUCUUCAAUUCUUCUCUUUGUCCUUUUCUUAACUUCCCCUUUCUAUCUUUCACUCUUUUUACCUCUCCCUACCUUUCCAAACUCUUUUCUCACUAUCUUUUUACUCUUAAUUGUUGCCAAUCAUCCAUCUCAUCGUCUCAAUAUAAACUAAUAAAACAUCAAUUUUCUCAUGAUCCUAUAAAAAUGUUCCCUUUGCAUUGACCAUUGAUCCUUGAUUUUGAUUAAAGAAAUUCAAUCAACUCUAAAAUGAGUGAAUUUUUUCUUCUAAACAAUAUUUUAUUAAUAAAUUUAACUCCUUUUUGUUCA